CAAAUGUCCAUCUUUGCCGGUCUUGCAAAUACAAUACCUGCUGCAAUUGUAUCCUUUUCAAUGCGCAUCUACGCACUUUUGUUGGCGCGACUUUCUUAAUACUGUAUCUCUACACAAAAUCGCUGGUAGAGCGUUGGGGGAGGCGGGGGUGGCGCCGUCUAUGAAAUGGACGAUGGGAAAUGUUUGUCUUCGCAUGCAAGUGGAUGGAUGGCCAGCAUGCGCCACGAUGCAGCCUCGUAGGCAACGCAUACGAUAACUUCCUCACGAUCAGUCCUUCGAAGUCUGCCUCCCUUCUGUCGACGUUCGAGUCACACGAGUAGCGCUUGCCCUAAGAUCGUUCGCGAACCUAGUCCCAUGGCUCUCAUACGCCUCUUAUACCGCAAACCCGAUGGCGAGAUCGUCUUUCGCGAACCCACCAGCGGCGAUGUCCCUUCCUACACAAUACUCUCCCAUACCUGGGGAAAAGAGGAGGUCAGCUUUCAAGAUAUGGAAGCCGGCACGGCGAGGAGCAAGGCUGGCUGGAGGAAGAUAGAGUUUUGCGCGCAGCAGGCUACAGCAGAUGGACUGAAAUAUUUCUGGAUAGAUACUUGUUGCAUCGAUAAAAAGAACGCUGUAGAGCUUUCGGCGGCCAUCAAUUCGAUGUUUCGGUGGUAUCAGAAGGCAGUGCGGUGCUACGUCUAUCUUUCAGAUGUCUCCCUUCACGGCGAAGGCCAGGGCGGACAGUCCAGCCAUCCAUGGGUGGCCGCAUUCAGGAAGAGUCGAUGGUUCACUCGAGGCUGGACGCUUCAGGAGCUUAUUGCGCCGGCACAUGUCGACUUCUUCAGCUCUAGGGGCGACCGACUCGGGGAUAAGCUUUCGUUAGAAGAAAUGAUCUGCGAUAUUACCAGUAUCAACAGAAAUGCUCUCAGAGGUGAUGCAUUGUCUACCUUUACCAUUGGUGAGCGGAUGUCUUGGGCAGAACACCGCCAAACCACCAUUGAAGAAGACGAGAUCUACUCGCUCCUUGGAAUCUUCAAUCUCUCGUUGCCCCUUAUCUAUGGCGAGGGAAGAGAGAGUGCGUCUAGACGGCUUCGAGAAGAGAUAAUCAAACUCUAUAAAGGUACUGAUUUCGAACAAUUUUCUGUCGGCCUCGACCUCUCGACCCUGCCGCAGUCGGUUCAAUUUGUCGCAAGGUCGAAAGAGCUUACCGAAAUGCAUCAGAUGCUUCACGGCCACAGCACUCGAUCGAUUAUUGUCCUUCAUGGUCUCGGGGGGAUCGGAAAGACUCAGCUAGGUCUCGCCUAUGCUAUGCGACACGAAGAAAAGUUUAGUGCAAUAUUCUGGUUAAAUGCAAAUGACAACGAUUCUCUCAGGCUGAGCUUUCGAGCCGUUGCUCAGCAUGUCCUGAAAUAUCAUCCUUCGACCAGUCUGCUUGCUAGCAUAGACUUGGACGACCUCGACCGAGUAGUGCAUGCGGUCAAAGCAUGGCUCGAUCUUCAGAAGAACACGCGCUGGCUGAUGAUCUAUGACAAUUACGACAACCCUCAAAUAAGUGGCAAUGCCGAUAGCUCCGCAGUUGAUAUACGUCGAUUUCUCCCCGGAUCUAAUCAUGGCUCAAUCAUUAUCACGACACGAUCGGCGCAAGUCAGGCAAGGUCAACGUCUCCAUGUUCAAAAGUUACUAAACGAACAAGAAGGUUUGGAGAUCCUAUUAAACGCAUCAGGACGGAGGGAUAUUCAAAGUGACCCCGAUGUAUUAGCACUAGUCAAGGAACUAGACGGCUUGCCUCUUGCUCUGUCCACUGCAGGUGCGUACCUUGAGCACGUAACGACAAGCUUCUCGGAUUAUCUUCGGCUCUACAAGGCGUCGUGGCUAAAACUUCAAACAACCAGUCCACAGUUGACUUCAUAUGAAGACCGUUCGCUAUACACGACAUGGCAGAUCACCUUCGACCGGAUUGAACAACAGAAUACUCUAUCAGCCAAAUUGCUCAUGUUGUGGGCAUAUUUUGAUCGACAGGACAUAUGGUUUGGACUCCUUCGACAUAUCAAUUCCACAGACAAUAAAUGGAUACAGAAGCUCACUGAAGACGAACUAAACUUUAAUGAAGCUGUUGCGCUGCUCUGCAGCUUCGGGUUGGUUGAUAUAGAUCGGUCUCUCCAGUAUCAGUCCGGGCCUGGAAGGUAUAGUGUACACAGUUGUGUACACUCGUGGACAGUAUUUGUACUUAACAAGGAGUGGGAUAAGGGCCUCGCAAAGCUGGCCUUGACUUGCGUGGCUUCAAAGGUUCCUCAUACAAAUGAGAAGGACUGGUGGCUCUUACAACGGCGACUUCUUCCGCACGCGACGCGACAAAACGUGUUUAUAGUAGAUGGUAAGGUAGAUACGGACGGACUGGACUGGGCCUUUUACAACCUAGGCAGCCUCUACAAACACCAAGGCAAGCUGGCUGAGGCCGAGAAGAUAUACAUUCGGGCGCUGCAAGGCUAUGAGGAGGCACUUGGACCGGACCAUAUAUUAACACUCAAUACGGUCAAUAACCUAGGCAACCUCUACCAAACCCAAGGCAAGCUGGCUAAGGCCGAGAAGAUGUAUAUUCGGGCGCUACAAGGCUCUGAGGAGGCACUUGGACCGGACCAUAUAUUGACACUCAAUACGGUCCAUAACCUAGGCAUACUCUACGCCGACCAAGGCAAGCUGGCUGAGGCCGAGAAGAUGUAUAUUCGGGCGCUGCAAGGCUAUGAGGAGGCACUUGGACCGGACCACACAUCGACACUCAAUACGGUUCAUAAUCUAGGCAUGCUCUACACCGACCAAGGCAAGCUGGCUGAGGCCGAGAAGAUGUAUAUUCGGGCCCUGCAAGGCAAGGAGGAGGCACUUGGACCGGACCACAUAUCGACACUUAAUACGGUCCAUAACCUAGGCAACCUCUACGCCAACCAAGGCAAGCUGGCUAAGGCCGAGAAGAUGUAUAUUCGGGCGUUGCAAGGCCACGAGAAGGCACUAGGCCUUGAACUUGUGCCGUCGUAUUUACCAGCGUUGAACACUAUGAUCAGCUUUGGUGACCUCUUCUCGCGAACAGAUCGGAAGAACAUGGCAAAAGAAAUGUACACUCGCGCAUUGUCUGGAUACACCGCAGUGCAAGGACGUUCGUCGACGUGGUGUACUAAGAUCGAAGGUCGGCUUCAGGCAUUGCAAAUUACGCCGGCCAAGAGCGAGACUCAACAUACGCCUAGCAUGACUGAAACGACCGUCUGCGGAGGCUCUUCCGCAAAUUGAGAACAUGGGUGGUGGUUGGACUUCCAAAUCUGAAUGAGAUCGACACUCGCAGCAAGCACCAAAGGCACAGCUGGCGGCCCAUGGCUGCUUUAAGUUACACGUGACUAGGCGCUAAAGUUUAAGUGAAUGCAUUACUGUAAUUAUGGAGCUUGUACGAUUACGUGAGACAUGUGGGGUCAUCCCGCGCUAGCUAAAAACGUUAGUCGCUUCGCUUAGAGGUACCGGUCGGCAUGUCCGCUUUCACAAAAUUUGCGUGCGACAGUAAC